UUAGUAUUCCACUCGCGUCCCUGCUCCUCGCAGGAGCGCUUUUGCUGCAGCGCUCCCGACGCCGUUGGUUGGCUGGCUGGCUGGUUGGGUCGGCUUCUUCCUUGGCAGCCGGGUCGGGUCGGAGCCAGGACGAGGGGUUGGGGUGUGCUCGCUUGCUUGCUCGCUUUGCGUGUGGGUCUUCGCUUGCUGCCGCUCCAUCUUCGCCCCCUCCCCAAGGCCUUGGCGGGGCUCCCGUUGGGUCUGAUCCGGGAUCUGUAUGGAGCCCAAACAUUAAGGGGACUGGGGGAGAGCCUGCAGCCUCCCCCCGCGCGCCUUUGCCCCCCCAACUGGGCACGCGGAGGAGAGAGAACAACCAGCUGCGCCAACGUUGCCGGAGAAAAGCGCGCAGGGGAUGCUGCCUCCACGACGACCCCCACUCUGUUUCUAAAGACCUGAGCACCCACCCUGCUCUUCACUGAAGCAUGAACAUUGGACAUGGCCACCCGCCGCUGCACUCGGAAGCCUUCGCUGGUGCCUGGAGUCUCUAGGAUGGUUUGGAAGCACCUGGUCCUCUUCUUCCUCUGGCUGCCAUCGCUCGUUUGGGGCGGAGCCUCCCCCACCUCCUGCCCGGCCGCUUGUUCUUGCAGCAACCAGGCCAGCCGGGUCAUCUGUACGCGCCGGGAGCUGGUGGAGGUGCCCGAGAGCAUCUCCAUCAACACGCGGUACCUCAACCUGCAGGAGAACAACAUCCAGGUCAUAAAGACGGACACUUUCAAGCACCUCCGUCACCUCGAGAUUUUGCAGCUCAGCAAGAACCUCAUCCGCAAGAUUGAGGUGGGAGCCUUCAAUGGCUUGCCCAACCUCAACACGCUGGAGCUUUUUGACAACCGGCUGACCACUGUCCCCACACAAGCCUUUGAGUACCUCUCCAAGUUGCGGGAGCUGUGGCUGAGGAACAACCCCAUCGAAAGCAUCCCUUCCUAUGCCUUCAACCGAGUCCCUUCCUUGCGCCGACUGGACCUCGGAGAGCUCAAGAAGCUGGAGUACAUCUCAGAGGCAGCUUUCGAAGGCUUGGUCAACCUGCGCUACCUGAACCUGGGCAUGUGCAAUCUCAAGGACAUCCCUAACUUGACAGCCUUAGUGCGGCUGGAGGAACUGGAACUCUCUGGGAAUCGCUUGGACAUGAUCCGGCCAGGCUCCUUCCAGGGGCUGACCAGCCUCCGCAAAUUGUGGUUGAUGCACGCCCAGGUAGCUACCAUCGAACGCAACGCCUUCGAUGACCUCAAGUCCUUGGAGGAGCUCAACCUCUCCCACAAUAACUUGAUGUCGUUGCCGCACGAUCUCUUCACCCCCUUGCACCGCCUGGAGCGCGUCCACCUCAACCACAACCCUUGGCACUGCAACUGCGACGUGUUGUGGCUCAGCUGGUGGCUCAAGGAGACGGUGCCCAACAACACCACCUGCUGCGCCCGGUGCCACGCCCCACCCAACCUCAAAGGGCGCUACAUCGGAGAGCUGGAUCAAAGCCAUUUCACCUGCUACGCCCCAGUUAUAGUGGAGCCUCCCACUGACCUUAAUGUGACUGAGGGGAUGGCAGCUGAGCUGAAAUGCCGGACGGGGACCUCCAUGACGUCGGUCAACUGGCUGACGCCCAACGGCACGCUGAUGACGCAUGGUUCCUACCGGGUGCGCAUCUCAGUCCUCCAUGAUGGCACGCUCAACUUCACCAAUGUGACCGUCCAGGAUACAGGGCAGUACACCUGCAUGGUGACUAAUUCGGCGGGCAACACCACGGCUUCGGCCACACUCAACGUCUCAGCGGUGGACCCAGCCACCACAGGUUACACCUACUUCACAACGGUGACCGUGGAGACCAUGGACUCGGGCCAAGAAGAAUCUGUUCCCACGAAGAAGGAACCUGGGCCAACGCCAUCUCAGGGCUGGGGCAUGACUUAUUCCACCACCUCGCUGACCCCUCGCAGCACCCGCAGCACGGAGAAGCCAUUCACCAUCCCCAUCACCGACGUCACCGAGAGCGGCAUGAAGGACCUAGACGACGUCAUGAAGACCACCAAGAUCAUCAUCGGCUGCUUCGUGGCCAUCACCUUCAUGGCUGCCGUGAUGCUCAUCGUCUUCUACAAGCUCCGCAAGCAGCACCAGCUUCACAAGCACCAUGGCCCCACGCGCACCAUCGAGAUCAUCAACGUCGAGGACGAGCUGCCCGCCUCGGCCGGGGCGCCCGGCGACAGCCACCUGGCUCUGCCCGCCAUCGAGCACGACCACCUCAACCACUACGCCGCUUUCAAGGCCCACUACAACAACAACAGCGGCGGCGGACCCCUCACCUGCGGCUCCAAGAACCCCAUGCUCAAUUCCAUCCACGAACCUCUCUUGUUCAAGAGCAGCUCGAAAGAGAAUGUCCAAGAGACACAGAUAUGACAGCCAACAGACCCAGGCAGCGGGGAAUUCUUGUGUGGUGGGAGGGUGCAAGUGGAUUCGUACAUGCGGUGGGGGGGGAGUUGAGGAACGGCUCCUCCAUGCCCUCCCCACCACAAACAAACAAACAAACAAACAUCAGCAGAUCUUUCCACCCCCGUGGCAGAUCUUGGAUGCUGAGCCCUCACCCGAGUGGACACCUUUGAUUCUCACCACUUUAGCCUUUUCAGUUCUCUUAUUUUCCUUUUGCAGAACAAGGUACUACGCUCGCCCUCGGCCUGACCAUUUCCCCCCCUUUCCUUUCUCCACCCCCCACCUCACUUUUCUUCUUUUUUCUACCGAUCUCCCUCUGCAUUGGAGACUUCUUCUUUUUCUUUCUUUUUAUACAGAUGGGGCUGUUUCUGUAUCCAACUACCUGCUGUAUUACUUUAAUAAUUUUUUUUUAAAAAAAAAGAGGAAGGAAGAAAACAAACAACAACAAAAUAAGGAAAGAUCGCUAUCCGAUUUGUUUUCCUUUUUGACGUCAUGGGAAUAAACUUUAGGAAAGGAAAAUAAAACCCAAGGGAAACGGGAGAGGGAAGAAGAAGAAGAUGAUGAUAAGAAAGAAGAAAGAAAUCUUAUUUUGAUCCGCUUUCCGUCAAAAUUCUAUUUUCAUCCAAAUGGGAUAUACAAACUAAAUAAAUUAAGUAAAGAGACGAAAGGUCAUGGUGGUGCCAGGGUCCCCCCCCCCACCUUUGGAGCACGCGGGGAUGCCAGGCGCACAGGGUUUGGGGGGAAUUUUUUAUGACUAGUAUUAUUACUAUGGGAUGGCAGGCAUGGCCGGUGUGCCCCCCAGAGACACAGGGGCGUGGAGGUAUUUUUUAAUUUGUAAUAAUCUGGGGGUGGGAAUGAGGGGUUUGGUGGGGGGCUGCACUUCCGGCCACACACACAAAAAAACAAGGCCUGUCGAUUCCCUUGGCAUUUUGGGGUCUGGUCUGAGUUUCCUAUUUUAAUAAAAUCCAUAAAGAUGUUUCCAA